AUGCUUCUUUCUUAAAGAUUUCAGCUUUUAUUUCUGUUUCUGUUGCUUGAUAUUUAGCAAAAUAAAACUGGAGAUAAAAGAGCAACCUUGUUGGGGUACCACAUGAGUUCUGAUCUUUCUCCUGUCCAAUAUGGGGUCACCCUAGAAAUUUUCAAGCAAGGAAAUCUGGUCACAUAGCGAAAAGCUUGAAUCACAUCAACUUAAAUGGCCCUUUUCUCUUUUGUGUUAUUUUUUCUUUUUAUCUUUUUGUUUUCAUAUUUCCUGUGUAGUAUGUUGGUGCAUGUAGACUGUGUUAAUAUGUGUGGUGUGUUGGUGUGUAGUGUACAUAUGUGCCCUUGUGCAUUUCUGUAGAGGUCACAUGUUAACCUAGCCCACCUUCUCAUCAUUCUCCACCUUAUCUUUUGAGACAAACCACAUGGGAUCCAUCUGUCCCCAUUCCUCUGGGGUUAAGAUUAGUGACAUGGUGGCCUGGUCCCUGCUUUUAUAUGGGCAACACAGAUUCUAAUUCAGGGCCUCAUGUGUAAGCUAAGGUUACUUCACCUGCUGAGACAACUCCCCAAACCCAAUUGUUUACUUUAGUUUUAAUAUUUGGGACAUUGGGGAUGUGCAUUAGUGCAGGCACCCUCGAGGACAGAUGUGCCAGACUUCCUUAGAGCUGCAGUUACAGGUGGCUGCCCAAAAUGGGUGCCGGGUGCUGAACCCAGGUCUUCUGCAAGUACAUUGAGCGCAUGCUCUCCAGCCCUCUCAAUGUUGUUUUAUUGUCCCAACACUACAAUAUGUCAUGUCGAGCAGUUUCAUGAUUUACCUUAACUACCAAAUGAGUCAAUCUGCACAGGAAUGGAAACGACGUAUUGAUGGAAAAGACGAGAACAGUCUUUAAAAUAUUACAAGUGGUUUCCCAUUCAGAGAAAUAUGCACCAAAUGAAAAUUCUCGAUGGAUAUGGUGGCACACACCUGUAAUCUCAUAACUGUGGUUCUCCUCCUGCCUGGGGGGGGCUGCCUCCCAGCAGCUGACAAAGUCAGGAGGAGCAGGAGACAAGAAGCCUGUCUGGAAUGGCCAGCAAGAACCAUAUAGGGAUCACAUACCCUGGGAACAGCUGAUGGGUAGUUCAAUUUCCAGAGAACAAAGAAUAUGCCCCUGGGAAGUGGAUGGGGCUUAGGAAAGAAGUGUACUUUAAUUAUUUGUGAUGUGUUUAGUGGUAUAAUUUUGGUAUCUGAUGUUUUGUUUCCACUACAUACAGAUUUAUUCCUCUAACUAGUUUUCAAAUUUUCAUUAUGAAAAUCUCAAAGAAAUCAGAGAAGUGUAUAAACAGAGCACCUGUCAGCAGCUGGCCUGAUCGUAUUUCAUCUACCUCUUUCCUGCCAUCCCCAUGGAAUGGUAAUGAUCGGGUUAUGUCAAAGCAAAAUCCAGCUAACACAUGGUUUCAUUUCUUAUUCCUUUAGCAUAUAACUUUAAACAGUGAUUUAAAAAAAGAGCCACAGAAUUGUUAUGUCUCCUACAAAGAUGUACAAUAAAGUGGAAUAACAUUAAAUAUCUUAGCUAGUAUUCAAACGCCCCGCUCCCUUCAUCGUUAGUGAAUUUUUACAUUGAUUUAGAGUAUGUCUGUGUGUGUCCCACUCUCUGCUUACUAUGACUCGACCUCUUUGAUUUACCGCAUAUGUGUUUCAAGAAAAGAGAAGCGGGGUGUAGCAGUGCGUGCCUAUAGCGCAGGCUACUGUUGAGGCUGAGGUGGGAGCAUGGCCUGAGGUCAGAGUUUGGUGGGCAUCACCGCCGCAACACAGGGAGACCCUGCCUUGAAAUAAAAGUUAAAAUAAUACGAAGGUUUGUCCCGCUCUGCUUUCUGUUGCUUUGAUAAACACGGGUUUACUUGGCUUACAUGUCCAGAUUACAACCCACACUGAGGGGUGUCAGAGCAGGAACAUAAGCAGGAACAGACAGAAACUAUGAAGGGACACCGCCUGUGGCCUUGCCCCCAGGCUCAUAUCCAGCUUCCUUUCUUAGGCCUCCCAGGACCACUUGCCUGGAGUGGCUCCACCCACAGCAGACUGGACCCUCCAACAUCAAUCAUUAAUCAAGAAAAGGCCCCACAGACUUGUAGACAAGCCAGUGUGAUGGAGGUGUUUUCUCAACUGAGGGUCCCUCUUCCCAGAUGUGAAUUUAUUCAAAGCGAGAAAUCGUCAGAAGAAAUUGCCCAGUAUAUUCAAAGCUAUGAGGGAUUUGUUCAUGUAACGGGAGAACAUUUUGUGAAUUCCUGGGUCAGAAGAGAAUUACCUAUGGUAUCAGCUUACUGCAAUGACAGCGUCUUUGCUAAUGAAGACAUGAGGAAGGAGACUUUUAAGGACUGGCCCCAUGAGUCACCUGUGGCUGUUGAAGCUCUCGUCAAAGCAGGCCUUUUCUACACAGGCAAAAAGGACCUUGUCCGGUGUUUUUCCUGUGGAGGAUGUAUGGAGAAGUGGGAGGAAGGUGACGACCCAUUAGCAGACCACACCAAAUUUUUCCCAAAUUGCGUAUUUCUUCAAAACCUGAAGUCCUCUGCAGAAGUGAUUCCAGCCCCUGACAGCCACCAUGCACUUCCGGAAUCCAGGGAAAUCACAAGUAAAAGCAAUCACGAGGACCCAGUUCAUCCCACCGAGGCCGGCUUGGCUCCGAGGGAAGCCCAGUGGUUUCAGGAGGCAAAGAGUCUGAGUAAGCAGCUGCGAGACGCCUACACCAAAGCCACUUUCCGCCACAUGAAUUUACCAGAGGUGUGCUCCAGCCAAGGCACUGACCACUUGCUUGGCUGUGAUGUGUCCAUCGUUUCAAAGCACAUCAGCAGGCCAGUGCAAGAGGCCCUGACAAUCCCUGAGGUCUUCGCCAAUCUCAGCUCGGUCAUGUGUGUGGAGGGGGAAGCUGGCAGUGGGAAGACAACCUUUCUGAAGAAAAUAGCUUUUCUCUGGGCAUCAGGGUGCUGUCCCCUGUUGAACAGGUUCCAGCUGGUCUUCUACCUCUCCCUUAGUUCCACCAGACCAGACCAGGGUCUGGCCAGCAUCAUCUGUGCCCAACUCCUAGAGGCAGGAGGCUGCAUUAGUGAAGCGUGCCUGAGCAGCAGCAUCCAGCAGUUAAAACACCAGGCGCUGUUCCUGUUGGAUGACUAUAAUGGGGUGGACUCGCUCCCCCAAGCCCUAGAGACACUGAUUACAAAAAACUACUUGUCACGAACCUGCUUAUUGAUCGCUGUCCAUACAAACAGGGCCAGGUCCAUCCGUCCAUACCUGGAUACAAUUCUAGAGAUCAAAGAGUUUCCUUUCUAUAAUACCGUCUCUGUAUUACGGAAGUUCUUUUCACAUAAUAUAAUCCGUGUACAAAGGUUUUUCAAUUACUUUGGAAAGAAUGAACAUCUGAGAGGAAUUAACAAAACUCCUCUCUUCGUAGCAGCAGUCUGUACUGACUGGUUUCAAAAUCCCUCUGACCAGCCCUUUCAUGAUGUGGCCAUUUUCAAGUCCUAUAUGAAAUACCUGUCCUUAAAGUACAAAGCUGCAGCUGAGGCCCUCAAGGCCACUGUGUCCUCAUGUGGACAGCUGGCCUUGAGGGGGCGUUUUUCUUCAUGCUUUGAGUUCAACAAUGAUGACCUCACAGAGGCCGGAGUAGAUGAAGAUGAAGACCUGACCACCUGCUUGAUGAGCAAAUUCACCGCCCAGAGACUGAGACCAGUCUACCGGUUUUUAAGUCCUCUCUUCCAAGAAUUUCUUGCUGCCAUGAGGCUGACUGAACUCCUGGGUUCAGACAGACAGGAAGACCAAGACCUGGGAAUUCAUUAUUUGAGACAAAUUAACUCGCCCUUGAAGGCUCUGACCACCUACAACAACUUUUUGAAGUAUGUCUCCAGCCACCCUUCAUCAAAGGCAGGGCCAGAAGUUGUGUCUCAUUUGCUUCAGUUGGUGGAUGAGAAAGAGUCGCUGGAGAACAUGUCUGACGAUGAGGAUUACAUGAAGCUACACCCGGAAGCUUCACUGUGGUUGGACUCUGUUAGGGGAUUGUGGCAGUUAUCUCCUAAACUUUUCUCUUCAUUAAUUUCAGAGUAUUUAGUGAGCAUUGCUUUAAACUUUGCUUAUGAAAGCAACACAGUUUCUGCAUGUUCUCCAUUUAUUUUACGAUUUCUUCAGGGGAGAACACUGACUUUAAAAGUAUUGAAUUUACAGUACUUUGGGGAACACCCAGAAAGCCUGUUAUUACUGAAGAGUAUUGAGGUCUCAAUAAAUGGAAAAAAGUGGGUACAGCAAAUAUAUUUGUCAUUAAUAGAAAAAAGUUUGGAAACAUUACAGCCACCAACUGUAGAUCAGGACUAUGCAUCUGCCUUUCAACCCGUGAAUGAAUGCAAGAAAGAUUUGGCUGAAAAAGAAGAGAUCGUGAGGAACUAUGCGGAUAUCCGACACCAGGCCCCACCAAAUAUCAGUACUGGCUAUUGGAAACUGUCACCCAAGCCACACAAGAUCCCUAGGUUGGAAGUUGCGGUGGCCAACAUGGGCCCAGCAGACCAAGCACUGCUCCGGGUCUUAAUGGAAGUCUUCUCAGCUUCACAGAAUAUUGAGCUCUGCUUGUCCAACAGCAGUGGCUUUCUUGAAAGCAUCCACCCGGCUCUGGAGCUGCAUAAGACCUCUGUCACCAAGUGCUCCGUGUGCAGGCUGGAGCUCAGCACAGCAGAACAGGAGCUGCUUCUCACCCUGCCUGCCCUGCAGUCUCUUGAGGUCUCAGGGACAGACCAGUUACCAGAUCGACUCUUUGCAAACUUGGACAAGUUCCCGGGCCUGAAAGAACUGUCUGUGAGACUCCAUGGCAAAGCAGAUGUGCUUUCAGUCCUUCCUGGAGAGUUCCCAAACCCCCACCACAUGGAGAAGUUAUCCAUCCAAACGUCCACAGAGUCUGACCUCUCCAGACUAGUUAAAUUGAUUCAGAACUCUCCAAAUCUUCAUGUCUUCCAUCUGAAAUGUAAUUUCCUGUUGAAUUGUGAGUCUCUCAUGGCUGCGCUUGCUUCCUGCAAGAAACUCAGAGAGAUUGAGUUUUCUGGACGAUGCUUUGAAACCACGUCAUUUGUCAACAUAUUGCCAAAUUUUGUUUCUCUGAAGACAUUAGAUCUUAAUUGCCAAAAAUUUCCAGAUAAGAAAACAUCAGAAAAGUUUGCACUGGCUCUGGGUUCUCUCAGGAACCUGGAGGAACUGCUUCUUCCCACUGGGGACGGGAUUCACCAAGUGGCCAGACUGAUUGUCCAACAGUGUCUGCAGCUUCAGUGUCUCCGAGUUCUUGCCUUUCACCACACCUUGGAUGACGACAGUGUGCUGGAAAUUGCCAAGGCAGCAGCCAGCAGAGGCUUCCAAAACCUUGAGAACUUAGACCUUUCAAUGAAUCACAAAAUUACAGAGGAAGGAUAUAGACGCUUCUUUCAAGCCCUCAACAACCUGCCAAACUUGCAAGAGCUGAACAUUUCCAGGCAUAUCCCAGAACGAAUCCAAGUGCAGGCCACCACUGUCAAGGCUCUGAGCCAGUGUGUGAUGAGACUGCCCAGACUCACCAGGCUCAGGAUGCUCAGCUGGCUCCUGGAUGAAGAGGACAUGAAAGUGAUGAACGCUAUGAAGGAAAGACACCCUCAGUGCAAAUGCUUGAUUAUUCACUGGAAAUGGGUAGUGCCAUUCUCUCCUGUCAUUCAGAAGUGAAGGAUGCAGCUGAAGGCUACUGACAGUUCUACAAACCCAAUAUUCGAAUACAUUUUACUUUAACUGACUAUGGGAUAAUCCCAGCAUUUAGGAGACUGAGACAGGGAGAUCAAGAGGUUGAGUUCACCCUGGGUUACAUAACUAGUCCUUACUUUAGACCUAAAUCAAAAUCAAACUGUUUAAUAACUAUUGCAUAUACAAGAAUUGCUAGGCUGGUAACUGUUUGAAAGCCUGCAUGCCUGCAUUGAGCUAUGAUGAACAGUGCCUUGGCAGUCCUUACAUAGUCAUGUUUAAAGAUUAGAGCUUCAGUCAAGUUCAUACAGAAAACCCUCCAUUUCCAAGGUCAACCAGAAGGGAGGGGCUGGGGAAAGAACACUGAUCUAUGUAAAAGGCACAACAUGGAAGGAGUAUUUGAUGGAGGUUAGAAACAGUUUUAGUAUUGAAUCAGUCUCACACAUGACGAAGCACAAGGCGACUUCACCACAGGAUGCAGCUGACUUUCCAGGACAUACUUAGUCUUUGCAGGGCUUUUGUGUGUACGCCAGCCUUGGUGUGGCCAUGCUAGCUUGCUGUCAUCUCUCAUUUGACAACACGAGGGAAAAUACAGGCUUAGAGAUGAUUUUGUUCUAGAGGCUCUGGGGAGACAUUACAUGUUAUGAUAGCUUUAUAACUUUUCUGGAAAUUCACUCUGUUCAGGGUAUAAUCUGUUCAGGUUUCAAUCUUAUACCCUGAAUUUCUGGGUAUUUUGAACUUGAUUGUGAUAAUUAUUUGUCAUUUCAUAACUUUCGCCUCUCUAGAGGCAGUGGACCUGGAAGAAUAUAACCAAUAAAUAAGGUAGACUAAAGUCUCA